AUGGUCAAGAAACAGGGUAUCGUCCGCCGCGCCAAGGCCUGCAAUACCUGUCGGCGAAAAAAAACCAAAUGCGAUGGAAAACGCCCCAUUUGCUCUUCAUGCCAUGCCUUCAAACUCUCCUGCUCCUUUCAGGAUACUGUGCAGUAUCCGACGCGCCCCAGUCGGGCGUAUGUGGAGGAGUUGGAACGACGCUUGGAGAGCAUGGAGCAGCAAUUACAACAACCGAAAGAGCCAAGUAUACAUGGAUCCGAUAGCGAAUCAGUAGACCAUGACUCCGAGCAUUCCCAAAGCGAAGGGGUAAUGGAUCAAGCUUCAUAUGUGAUCAACGCGCAGGAUGGAAGAAUGCGCUUCUUUGGACCUUCGUCUGGAUUCGCAUUUGCCUCACAACAGGGAGCCCAUUGGCCCACCGGUGGGUCCAGAAUAUCCAUUUGGCACUCUGCAGUACAGAGGAGCGCUUCGAGAUGGCAGUUGGGUACAUGGUUUCCUCGCCCUCUGCAGGAUGAUCUCCAACGACGGGUCUUCCAACCUUUGCCUGAGAACCGUGUCGUGAGGCAGCUAGUCACCGAAUUCUUCUCUACAUUCAACCAAGCCAUUCCAUUAUUCAAUGAAUCCUCCUUUGCAAGAGCCCUUGAUCGUCAAUUUUCGUGGAGCCCCGACGAAAGCUCCUCGUGGUGGGCGUCUCUGAACGUGGUGUUGGCUUUCGCCUACGCUCAAAGGGCGCAGGAAUCCGAUAACGCGCCUGAAUGGCAGUUGUCGCUGGGCCAUAUUAAGAAUACCUUAAACGUGAUUGUUGAUCUCUUCAUGCGCACCGCGGACUUGUUCGCUGUCCAGGCGAUGCUUGGCCUGGCUAUCUACUUCCAGGGAACCCCGAAUCCCCAGUCCCUCUUCAUGUUCGCUGCCGCAGCGAUGCGCCUCUCCCAGUCUAUCGGAUUACAUCGUGCGCAUGCUCUCAGAAUGACGACUCAUCAAACCGAGGAACGACGCAGAACGUACUGGCUAGCCUUCAUCCUCGAUGCGGACAUCUCCCUUCGAGUCGGCCGUCCGCCGGUCCAGGACAGCAAUGAUUAUGACACGCCCUUACCAGCAGAGGAACCAGUGGAUGGAAAGGGUAUUCUGAUAGUAGAUAGCACCCCGGUUAACUUCUUCCGGCUUCUGGUACAGUUCGCCUUGAUACAGCGGCGGGUCUACCACCACCUGUACACCUCUGCAGUACAGAACAAGACCCGAGAUAGUAUUGUCGCAGAGGUCAAGGCCUGUGAGGAUGCCCUGCUGGACUGGAAACACGCCAUACCAACAAAUCUCCAGCCACAGUCGACAUUCUCAACAGCCACUGCAUAUCCCAUGUAUCAUCUUCUGCGUCUCCAUCUAACUUUCCACUGUUGCUAUGGCAAUCUCUACCAAGUUGGUAUGCAUGCAGGACGACCUGCGUCGAUACUCUCUGCCAGAAACAUUCCACCAGUUGAGGACGAGAUCGCACAGACUAUGGUGGCAUCUUUGGAGUCAGCACGAUCUGCCGUGAGGCUGAUCAAGUAUAUCAAACGAUUUGGCUCCGCGCAUCAAUGGAACAUGCUGUAUUUCCCCGCUGCAGCGUCAGCGACCCUUGCGUUAGGAAUCUUCGUCCAUCCGGAUCAUGAACAAGCCAGCAGCGACCUUUCUCUACUUCAUGAAACAGUCCGCUUUCUGUCUACAAUUUCUUCUCGGGAGCCUGGGACCUACGUCGACUACGUUCUCAGUCUCUGCUCGGAGUUUGAAAAUGCAGCCAAACGAAUCCUGAGGCAAUGUCGUCGACAGGAAACAGGUAUGCAGGGUGUCAGCAUGGAUAAUGCUCAUGGAGAGCCAGUCGCUCCUAUAAAUGUUGAUGCUACGGAUCCUCAACGUGAAGACAUUAUUGAUUCCACGUUGGAUUGGCAGUGGUCGAUUCCUCCCUUCUGGAACUGGCAAGAUCUUAUGGCUAGUAUACCUGGUUCUCCUUUGCAUAUGGACUGGGAUGUUUCAUUGGAUAUAUAA